CUUUGAUUCCGUACAUCGCCGGAGGAAUGCAACGGUGCCAACCGUCGGGCAACUGAACAAAAGCGGGACUUCUGUUACUGUGCGCUGGAACAGGGAAAGCUGCAUUGAAACGCAUACAAUCGCAUUACGAAAUGAUUUUUUUUGACGGCUUGGCACUCAAUAACUCGUUUAUUUGAACAAAGUUCACCACUUUCUCGAUUCCAGCAUGCUCAGACGAGAUAGUCUAGCAAGCAGACUUUAAUCUUUGCUGCUGUCGUCGUCGGUAAAACUAUUGGAGGGGAAAACUGAAGUAUUAUUUUUGAUCACAUAUUUUAAAAUGACAUCUUCUGUGACUGAAGCAAUUAUUGAAUCCUAUGCAUUGAUGUUUUUCGUAAUGUCAACAUUCUUUAUCUAUUUCUGCGCCAUGAUUUGGGCAUUUUGCAACCCAAAACUCAGUAGCGUGGAUGAAGAUUAUCAAAUGAAGGAAUUAAACGAAAAUCGUUCAAAAAUGUGCGAUGAGAUUCCCUUGGAUCAAUUCAAUAUGAUGCGCUCGGAAAAUCUGCAAAACUCAAGUGACUGGAGGGCAAACAUCACAGAAGAAGCCUGCUUGAAAUACUUCGACAGCCUUAUUAAACUACAACAGAAGGAAUGAAAUCUGGCUGUGGUGAUCUGAUCAAUCACUCUUCUAUUUGUGCAAAAUAUUAACACACGUUAUUUGCAUCUUAUUUUCUGUCUAAAACUGUAGAAAUUACUAAAACAAAUUCUUCGACAUCAUACCCAUGAUUAGUAAACCGUAACCUAAUUAACCUCAGUUUUAGAGUCAAACGCAUUUUCAUAAAAUACCUAUUACGCGGUCGUAACUGAGCUGCAAGCAACUUAUUUGGAGUACUAUAGUACAUCAUGUACUUUAUAAAAUGGAUGUGCACUUUCAAUGUCGUCGGUUGGUUGUGAACUUGUUCUUGUAUUUAUUUUAGUACGUAAUAAUAUUAAUCAAAUCAAAGCAAUUUUAUUUGUAUAGCGUUUUUUCCACGAAGACUCUUAGCAGAGUAGCAGAAUUAGAUAAAACAGUUCAUCCAUGUCAUCAAUGGCUACUAUGGUUUCACCUCUAUUCUGCGAGGAGCAACGAAAUAUGAGCUUUUUAAUGUGCGGAGAGUUGCGUAAUUUUAGGAGGAAAAUGUCCCCACGACCUUCUCGGUUUCUCGGGAAAUGUUAUUUAAAGUCCUUGUAUUGAUAGUUUGUAACCUGGCCCCGUAAGAGUUUUAUAAUUGGUGUUCUUCGGGCCCAUCAUUGCUGGCUUAUAAGCAACCCCCUGACAGAUUCACUGUGGCCUUUUUGAAAUUAAUGUAAUUUAGAAUAACCCUUAUCUCCUGUUAUUCUUCUUAAUAUUUCAGGGCACAGGAUCGCAACUAAUUUGGCAUUCAAUAUCCCCAUAAUGAAACUGACACCAAGUUUAGAAGCUCAUCAAUUUUUUAUAAACUUGGCAAGAACUGUGAAUUAAGUAGAGUCCCUAGGACAUUAGUCACAAUAAUUCGUUUGAUGAUAGUCAUUGAAGUACUGCCAAAUCCAAGGAGUUAAGCUACUCUACAGCAAGUGGAAUACAAAUCAUCCAAUGGCUAAACAUAUAAGAAGCUUUUUAGGUUGUGAAUAUUUAACUCAUGCACUGUAAGAUCUGUGGAAAGCGUCCUUUUCUCAUGCAAAACUGGAAUUCUAAGAUACAUCCGGAAGCUCCUCAUGUACAUUGUGCCUGCAUCAGAAUGGAGAGUGCAGGGAACACAACCUGGAGAGAUCCAAAUCCCGGAUACCUUACCGGGCCCAUUCCAAAAUGUGCUCAUGAUCAAACAGUAGCUUUAAAUUUCAAUAGAAAUCUACAAGCGGUUGGGGCUACAUGGGGCUGUCUUUCAAGCUUUUAUGCUACGGUUCCCGAGUGUCAGAGAUCAAGCUCAGAAACCAGCAAAGCAGCAGCCAGUGAACCCCGUUUUGAUCACUUACGUUCUGAGGGCUGGGACAGCAGGAUCCUGAUUCAGGCACACUGGGAGAGGUCAUUUCCAGGUCCCAGAGAUUCACACAAGUCAUUCUCUCAGCCAAAUGAAGAUAACUUGCCAAGCAGCACAUUUUACGCGCCUGAUCAUCAGUUGAGCCAACGGAUUUAUUGUCAUGAAGUAUCUCCAUACUGCACAAGUCAGAUGCAAAACCAUAACAAGUGUGAAAAUACGGAAUGCUCUGGCUUGCAUCAUUGCCAAGUGAAUGAGCGUCCUACUUUUGGCAAGAUACAGAAGGCCUCAGCUGGAUAUAGCACACCCCUACCCACAAUCCCAGGUAGCCAUCUUGUCAAGACAAAUGUUACCCAGAAUGCAUCAUCACACUCUCUCAGGAGACCUCAGUCUUCCCUGACGAAUGUGUUGCCUACUGGAUCAAGCUGUGAGAACUCAGUAGAGGCGGGACACAUAGCCCUGGCUACCCUAGUGAGGUUGCGGGCACUGCUGGCACAGUGCUGCCACUCUCUGAACUCCCUGUUUGAAGUUCACCAGGACGUCAUCUGCUGCCGCCACUACUAUGCCUCCGCUGUGGUAUGCUGGCUCUUCUGUAUUGUCAUCACCACCGUGGUGCUUAUUGCUGCUACUGCGUUUAGGUCACCCCACAAUGGAGACUGAAAAGCGGUGUCCAAUGGAAUAACUGUUGUGUUUGUGUUUCACUUUACCUUGUUGAGGUUUACAUUGUUGGAUUAUUAUGUGUUUGUUAAUGUAUUCUUUCACUACUUAAAAGGGGAUGCAUAAUCAAUGUAUACGUCAGCUUUUGUUAAUCAAGUUAAUCACAAGGAAAUUCAGUUUUCAUGUCACAAAUGAGCAGAGAUACUAUCAAUCUGCUUGCAUUGCAAAUUUCUCAUAGCCAGGAAAUAAUGAGGGGUCUUAACCUUUCAUUUAGCUGACAUUGGUCUUGUAACAGGAUCGGUUUAAUUAUUUGCUAUAAGUACGUGUAGAGUCUCAAAACUUUUAAGAAUGCAAUGGUCCUCUGUAAUAUACUAGUCAAUUUUUAAAUUGAAGUGUUCUGUGGUUGUGUGUAAAGAAGAGAAAUUCAAAUGGGCCAUAUGACUACUUAAUUAAUGUCAUAUUGCAUUCUGUGGACGCAAAUCUCUUUCAUCUUUGACUUUACUUUUUAUGUUGCUUUCAAGCUCCAGUUAUUUCUCACAAUGGGCUUCUGCCAUGUCUUUGACAAUAUCCAUCUGAAGCACAAACAAAAAGGAAGUCAAGUGUGAAAAGAUAUUUGAAAAAAGCAAUGUUGAUGGCAGCUGGGGUCUGAAUAAUGGACAUGUCAAAAAGAGUCACAUCCGAGAAUGAAAAAUAAAAAUAGAUCAAGCA